GCCAAUCUCUACUUGUAUUUACAGAAGCUUAAGACGGAGAAGUGCACCAGUACGGCGUCAGUCCUUUUGGAGGCGAUGAGGUUCGCUCACGGCAUGUUCGGGUUCCUUAAAGUCACCAUUGCCGAGCUUGAUUCACCCAGGGUAAAGGGAGCUGCGCACUCUAUGUUUGUGCAGAAAAAGGUGAGGUCGCAAGCUCCAGCCAUCCCGGUCGAAGUCGUGAAGAAACUCGUUGGACAUGCAGGAGACCCCGCAGAAGAGCCCCACGUGUCUAUGAUCGCAGGUCAGCUCUUGAAGUGCAUUUUUGGGGUUGGAAGAUGGAGCGAUUUCAGGAGUGCCGGGGGUCUCGAGAUAGAUGAGUUUGAGGGCACUGUGAUGUGGACCAUGUGGACCACGGAUCAUAAGACCGCUCAGACCAAGGAGGCCAAGACACGUUUGCUUCCCUUUUUAGGCCUAGGAUAUUGGCCGGGCUUCGGAAACUGGAUCAGCACCGUGAUCGACAACCAGACGGCGGCGGGCUUAGAUCAGGGGCUGCGCUCCUGGAACCAUCACAGUUCCAUGUGGAAUCCGUGGCUCAUGAGUUCGUCGGAAGCUACAGCUUGGUUGAGAGAGACCAUGCUAGGUCACCAUGUUGAGGCGGCGACAAAGUCCGCUACCACCUACGAUCACAACACCAUGCUAGCUCUUCAAGCAAAAGUGCUCAAGAUGAUAGAGAUGAUCGCAGUGGGUUCUUAUCGACCGGACGACCCCCCAGCGGCUCGCCUUAAGGCGAUGGCGGGGUCGAGCAAGGACAAUCUGGAGGGUCAGGUUGAGUCGGCUGAAGAGAAACGCAUGCAGGAGGCAAAUCAAAGCUCUUCGUCCGAUGAUGACGAGGAGGCAGAACCUAAAGAAGUAAUCGAGGUUCAGAGAGAACCUCUCCCGGCUGAUGCCGGGAACUAUUCGUGGUUUCGGCACCGUGUCAGCAGCAUAGUGCACAUCGCUUCCGAUUCCAGUGGUCAUCGCUUGAGGACGCAUGACCGAGCCAAGACGUCUGCGAAGAGUGGAAUCGGUAGAUCCCCGAUUCUAGCGACAUGGCGCUUGAUAGUGAGGCCUCCUUCAGAUCCAGCGAACGCAGGCAUCGAUGACGCUGCUUUGAUGAACCAUGUUAACGGGCUGCUUACUCAUGCUUUGACUCCAACAGCAGUGGCGGGUCUUAGGCGCCUAGCCUUUGAGGCCCAGGCGCUGGCCCUCCAGGACUUGAAGACCAAGCUUGAGAGCCCAGCCGAGCACGAGCCAAAGGUUCUUCCCCUCCAGGAGAAGAUGGCUCGGCUUACACGGCAAAAGGAACGUCUUGUGGGGGUAGUGCUCACCCCUCACAAUACUCCCAGCCACGCCUUAAUAGACAAGGCGUGCUCGCAAUUGGAAGAAGGAUCUCUUCAGUGGAUCCAUCCCAACAAGUGCACCUCGCGACAUUCUGAGGCCCUCUCGGAGAAGCCUCAGACUUCAUUGUCAUUCGAUUCCAAGGGGUCCAUCAAGGUAAGCAAGGCAUCGCAUGACCUCGAGUGUGAUACAAGCAGCGCUCAUCUCUUGAGAGUGGCUCUUCAGAGACGUGCUCUCGCCUACGACGUGGCCAAUCUGUUCAGCUUCAGCGUCCUGGAGAGGUGGCAUCAAUCACUAUUUGAUCGACUUCAUCAUGUACCACCCCCUGGAUACUUGGCUACUUCCUUGCAUCAGCUGGUGGCUGCGGACAAGGCGCUGUGGUUGCUCGUCGCGGAGGACACCAGGGCGAAGCUCACGGAGAUGGACCCUGACCAGCCGGCCUUGAGACUAUGCGAGUCUCACAUGAACUACUACGCUGACCAUCCGGACGUCCUCUUUCAUCUGAUGCCCCUCAAGGCAGGGGGAGCGGCUAGCGGCGGAAAGCAGCCUCAGUCGGAUCAACCAGGUCGGUCUCGCAAUGCUCGCCGCCAGAACCGGAGUCAAGGCUCCAAGAUGACCCAGCAGGCGCAGGUCAAGCGGCCAGACAAUCCCGGCUACUCCCCCAUCGUGGUCCCGGAAGGCUGCACCAUCAUGUUCAACGGCGGCAAGCCCAUUUGCAAGAAGUUCAAUGUGGGACGAUGCAAAGUCAAAACGGCCAAGGGAGGCCGUUGCUCCAAUGGUUUCCACGUCUGCUGGAAAGAAGAAUUCGCAAGUGCAUUGAUCGCAGAUGGUGACCUGUCCUACGACAGUCUUCGCCGUCUUUUCUCCCUUUUGCCGCUUGAACCUCCGGCGAGGGGAGUGGGUGUCGGGAUGUCGGGCUCCUUCACUACGGGUGCCUACUCAUUCGGCGGCGAGGUUGGACUUCGCCGCAAUCUUUCCUCCUUCCCGAUUACGUCCUCUCUGCUUGCCAAGCACGUCCAGGCCAUUUCUCCGUCUUUUUCCUUCACGAGCGUGGCGCUUUUUCGUAAUUUGAAGACUCCUUGUCAUCGAGAUGCCAAUAACUUCCCCGACUCCUAUAACCUGGUUGCACCCGUGGCUCACUUUGAGGAGGGUGCCAUCUGGUGCGAAGAUGACGGCGGAGAUCAUCUUCUUCAUUGCGAUGGUGUACAGUGUCGUGGCCGUCUUCUCGAUGUUGCACGUGGACCAGUUCUUCUCCCAGCUGCUUCGUCGAGGCAUUGCACCUUGGAUUGGACAGGUGACCGCCUCGUCUUGGUCGCGUUCUCUAUCCGCGAGGCCCUGGACUUGCCGGUGAAGCUACGAGAUCGUCUCCGCCAGCUCCACUUCACUCUCCCGGACAGCGUUGGUGACCUUACUCAGCCCCCUCCUCUGACCCGAGGCCAGACGCAGGUCGCUAGGCGCCCCCUCAUGGUUGAGAUUUGCUCUGGGUCGGGCUCCUUGUCUGCGGCCUUUCGAGACCGUGGAUUCCCCACUAUGGCCAUUGAUCGCCCAGGUAAUGACCAUCGAUUGUGCCAUUCCUUCGUGCCCCUGGACCUCACGCUCCCUCGCAAUCAGGAUCUCUUGAUGGGCGCAUUGAAUGAUGCUGUACUCGUGGGACACGUUCACCUGGGCGUUCCCUGUGGAACUUGUAGCAGGGCUAGAGACAAGGCUCUUCCCAAGAAGGUUCGCGGCAAGUUCGCUGCUCCCCAGCCGCUGCGUGAUGCCGCUCAUCCCUUAGGUAAGCCUGGUCUUGCCGGGCCCUCCAAAGACCGUGUACGUGCUGCGAAUGAGCUGUAUCGAUUCGCGAUCCGGGUCGUUUUGUGGGCCUUCCAGCGAGGAGUUCCUGUGACCAUCGAGAACCCUUCACGCAGCUGGCUUUGGCCGGCUUUGGAAUGUCUCGUCAAGCGCAUGACCGCCGAGUACGGACCAGACUUGCGAAGGGCCUGGAAGUCUCUCCGCUACUUUGAUCUCGAUGCUUGCAUGUUUGGGGGUAAGCGUAAAAAGCGAACCAGGUUGGCUUCAUCUUUUGAUCUCUCCUCGAUGGCCCGCUCUUGUGACGGGCGACAUGAACAUUUGCCCUGGUCCAUCACCGAGGUCAACAACAAGCUCUCCUUUGCUACAGCCGAGGAGGCUCAGUACCCUUCGCUCUUUUGUCAGACCUUCGCCAACCUGUUUGUGGCGCAUUGGGAGCGCUCUGGUGUUUUGCUUCCCCCGCCCGGCAACUUCUGCUCGCUCUCAGGCUCGCGAGCUUCCCCUCCUCUUAUCCCUCAGUUUCGAGAGAUCGUCGAGGCACCAGUUGCUCCCCGGGGCGAGCAGUACAAGAUUCUUGCCUCCGAACAAGGGGGGGGUCUACAAGGCAAUAAGACGCCGGAGAACUCUGGUUGCAAAGUUGGUAUCAGAUGGACCCCUCAGGAGUUCCUUCAGCAGGCGAAGCAGGUCAAGCAUCCCAUGAAUCCCGAUCAGGCCCUGAGUGAGACAGUCAAAGACGCGCUCUUCCACAACCUCACGCUGCACCCAGUGGAGGUCGCCAAAUCUCGCAUCCAGGCCGUGAUAACCAUCAAACAGAUGGCGGAAGAGCUGGAAGAUCGAGAAAGGGAAUUUAAGGAUAAGUUGGACCCUAUUGUGUCUGCAAUCCUCAAGCCCAAGCGGCUUCUUCUGUGGAAGAGUUUGCUGUCCGCUGCAGAGUACGAUGAUAUGGCGAUAGUUGACCUGGUGGCAUCUGGGAUCCCAUUGACGGGCUCUCAUGGGGCGGUUCCAGCUCUUCCGGAGAAGCUAGUGCCAGCCACUGACUCACACGCAUCACUCUUGGCCUCAGCACCGUUGAGGAGAAUCGCCAUAACCUCGCGAAACAAGGAGACCUCGGAAAAGGAGCAAGCGGACCUAACCGAGGCGGCAGAUGCCGAGGUGAAGCGUGGAGAGAUUGAGGGCCCCUUCUCCGAGGACCAAAUUACGGAACACUUCGGAUCGUCAGAGUGGCUCCUGAAUCCGAGGUUUGCCCUGUAUCAGGGCGCCAAACUCAAGUUGAGAGUGAUAGAUGAUGCCCGGCGCUCUGGCCUCAAUGAAGCCUAUCAAAGGACUUGUGCGGCUACUCUUAUGGACCUCGACUCGUUGUCGUGUGUCAUAGCUGCGCUCGCCAAGGCCAUCGUUGAGGGGACAUUCCAAGGCUCCGAAGUCCACGAAGUAGUCAGGCUCGAGCAGUGGAUGGGGAGGACGCUAGACCUCUCCCGGGCAUACAAGCAACUGGCCAUCGACCCGUCUAGUCGUAGGGUUUGCGUCUUGGGAUUUCAGAAGGGCCCAUCGUGGAUUUACUAUCGCUGCAAUGUCCUACCUUUUGGGGCCCGAGCCUCCGUGUUCUCAUUCUUGAGAGUAUCCAGAAGCCUGCACUUCAUCAUGGCCAAGUACCUGAAGGCUCUGAACACAGUUUUCUUUGACGACUACCCGAUGGUGGCCACGGGGAGCGGAUCACAGAUCCUUCUGAAAUCCGCGUCGUCUGUGCUUAAUCUUUUGGGUUGGGCACAUGCGGAGGAAGGGGAGAAAGCCCCUGGCUUCCAACAGGAGUUUGUGGCUCUAGGAGUGCAGAUAUCGCUGAACAAUCUCGGCCAGGGUAGGUUCACCGUCAGCAACAAGCCGGGGAGGGUGGAAAAACUCGUGGCCAUGAUUCAGGAGGCGGCAACCAAUCCAGAUGUGGCGAAGUCGCUUCCAGAGCUGCAUGGCCACUUGAACUUCGCCUCAGGAUUCUUCUACAACAAGGGUUUGAAGUUCGUUUCCAAGGCCCUGAACAAGGCGUCCUCUGACCCGGCAUCGGAGGUUUUCCAAGGCCUUUGUAGAGUAGCUGUCUCCCUCCUGAGGGCGACUCCGCCAAGAUCUUUCGAUCUAAGCAUCUCGGGUCCCCCACUCCUCGUAUUCACGGACGGGGCGUGGGAAUCUGGUCGGGCCGGAGCGGGGGCGGUUGUGCAUUGUUGCGCUACUGGUGCAACCUUUGCAUGUGAGAUUCCGGUCCCUCAGGAGCUUGUUCGUUCGUGGCUCCGCGAUGCUGGAGAGCAGAUCAUAUGUCAGAUAGAGAUGUGGGCAUUUCUAGCUCUCCGGGUGGCCAUGUGUGAGCGCUUUCACGCUAUGCCCGUUUUAGCCUGGAUCGAUAACGAAGCGGCCAGGUACGCCCUCAUGAAAGGGACGGCUGAUUCUGUAUCUCUCAGGAACAUGGCACGCCUGAGCCAACACGCGGAGCUAACAAGCCCCGCUCUCAUAUGGUUCGAGAGAGUAGCAUCCUUUUCCAAUCCUGCAGAUCUGCCGUCGAGAGGCGGUCUGGUGCAGGCAUGCGUUGAGUAUGGUGCUGAACCAUUUGAGUUGCCAGAUGUGUCUGAACUGGUGCGUCAGUUGCUCAGGCUGUCUGAUCAACCGUGGGCUGAGAUUUAG